AUGUUACAGCUUUCUGAGUACUACUUUGCUUUAGUUCUGAGGCGAUUACUUACCUCUUUGAAGGUUGUACAUGCACAUUGCCACCUUCUGAACAUUUCCAAGCCUUUGCCACAUCACCAACUAUGCCCCAGUCACCUCCAACACAAGUCCGUCAUCGAUUUAUGA